AUGGAUGGAGGCCAAGAUGGCCCCGAAGGCUCAGAUCACAACAUGGACCUAGAAGAAGGCAAUGCCACCGCUAGGGUCAAAAGGGCAAAAGCAACAAAUUGGCCCAGGGUGAUGUCAAAGUUUUUGCUUGAUUGGUACCUUGAUAAGAAGAAGGGAAUGCCACCCAAGACCAAGUUCAAGAAGAAUCACCACGUUUGGUGCACAUCUGCAGUAAAUGCUAAAUUCAGAACAACUUACUCUGUUGAUCAGGUCCAUCGCCAUUUUAGACGUUUCAAGGAGAUCUGGAUCAUUGUGACUCGGUAUGCCAAUGAGAGUGGGAGCAGGUUUAACAAUAAACACAAAAUGCUAUUACUUCCUCCAGCCACUAUGGCUAGUUUACCUAUAGCGGAGCGUGCUAUCCUCGCUAAGCCCAUUCCAUUCUUCGAUCAUCUGCUUCAUCUCUUCAAUGAUGGCCAGCUGGAUGCAGUGUGCAUGAGAGACCCUAUUACGACUGAUGAUUCUGAUGAGGAAUUGGAAGCACAGAUUGCCUUGAACAUUAUUGCCUCAGGUGCAGAUACAAGGGACCAAGAUGGGGCAGACUUAGAUAAUAUGGGAUUGGAGGGUGAAGAUAACCAUCAUGAGGUGGCAGCAAGUAGUGGUGAGGUGCCUUGUGAAGUGAUGUCUGAUACUAGUCCACCAUCUGGGUCCUUUGCUGAGAGCACAAUGGCUGCUCUUAAGCCUAGCGCAAAGAAGUUGAAGAUCAUCAGCAAAACAAAACUAAGCCCAAAGCCGCAGGCUCCUCUGCCACAUGAUGGAAGGAACGUGGAUGCACUGAACAGCACCUUAGUAGGGAUCCGUGACAGUGCUCCAAAACCUGUUCGGGCAGCACCAACAUCAGACCCGAAUGCUCCUCUGUGGAACAUGCUAAAAGAAAUUCCACUGACACAACCUGAUAGGCUAUCUGUUGGAAUGUAUCUUUGUAAGCCAGAGUCUGAAGUGCAUCGAAGCUUUUUCAUGAACAUGGGCAAGGAGUACCUUGAAGCAUGGGCCCGUAAGUUCUUGGCUGGAGAGGAGCCUGGAGCCGUGUAG